CUGCUCUAGAAGUAUAAGUAUGGCCUCUUUAUGUCGGUAACGGAAUUUUCAUCUCUCAUUCAAUCUUCACUUUGCUUCAACAUUCACUCGGCUGGCCGAUUUCACCCCUCAGUUUUAAUCAACAUCCAUUCCCGAAAGACUCAACGGAUCCUUCCAUUCUUUACGCCCAAAAUGCAUUCUACAUCUGUCGUUCGUCUCUUUGCCACCGGCCUGGUUGCCGCUGCUGCUGUGUCCGGCUUCGCGGGGCCUGCCAGCAAUGGCGUGUCUCGCACUAUCGGUGCCUUAGUUGCUGUAGCUGGGCCGGCUCUAUCUGCACCCAUCACUGAGUAUGAGGAAAUCGAGGAACGCGAUGAAGAAGUCGACGAGGAAGACGACGACGAGGAAGACGACGAGUCCUCUCUUGAGGUUCGCAACCAUGAGAUUGAAGAUGCGGAGAAUGGGGAAGAGGCUGAGGCUGUAGCUACUCCUGAGGCCACACCUGCUGCCAAGCAGGAUAAGAAGAAGGGUAAGAAGGAUAAGAAGAAGGACAAGAAGAAGGACAAGAAGAAGGACAAGAAGAAGGACAAGAAGAAGGGCAAGAAGAACGAUAAGAAGAAGGGCAAGAAGAAGGCUCAGGCUACUCCUACUCCUGCCUUAGCUUAA